GCAGUGGGAAAACCCUCCAGCAGGACUGUGGAGGUGACUGUCUCUUUAAGAAACAGUCCAGUGCGUGUUUUUUUCCUGCGUGCACCUUCUGCUCCAUCAUCCCGGUAACUUCUAACAUCGCCCAGUCUGCAGCACAGAUGACACCGCCCGGAGAACAAAGGUGAGGCAUUAAUUAUUACUUUAAAUUAGAGUACUGAUGUGUGAUUGUGUGGUUCUGUAGGAGAUCCUUCCUUAUAAAUGAAGAUGUGCAGAUCCAGGAAGGAGAGCAGGAACAGCCCACUAUCGAGCCCCUUUCUGCGUCUCUUUCCAUUUUCUCAUCAAUUAUUAAUUUUGCAUUUAAAUGUCGAUCGUGUUCCUCGCGUGUUUUUCUCAUAUGUGGCUGGAAUACCGUGAGUAAAUACUGCGUGGGUGGUCGUGUGUUUGACAGUUUUAUUAUUUCGAAAGGAUUAAAUGUUACGUAAUUGAUCAGAGAGCCAUCCUGUGGUCGCCAUAUGUCUGUGAGGGCAGGGAUCGGGAUGUUGCACCGCCCGGAGAAGGAAACGGUGCUGCCGAUAAUUUACUCCAACAAUAACAGAUCAUCUAUUAUAGGCCGUUACCGUCUGUGUUUAUUAGAUGAUCGGUGUUUUUGAGCGUUUAUAUUUAACACAGGAGCUCACUGAAGACCUUAAAGCUGACGUGGACUGAGCUGUAGACAGACAUGAGUUUCCAUUUCUGCACAUUUCUGAGGCCCUCUGAGCAAAACUAGAUCAUAAUAAAAACACACAACAAGACGCUUCAGAGUCACGUGACUGCGUUUCAAUAAAUUCGGAUGAAUUAUAGCGUUAAUUUCGGAUUAUUUUCGAUAGGCAGGUCCUGCAAGAAUUUAAGAGUUCUCUGUAGAGAGACAGGAGCCCCAGCUGUCAAAAAGACAAUCAACCAUGAGAUCUUGACAAACCUUUUUUUCCUUAAAUACAUAAUAAUGCAUCGUUUAAAAUACAUUAUCAUAUUCUCCUGUCAUAUCAAAACCAAUAACCUUACUGUAGGGCUGGGCGGUACAGGCAAAAGUUUAUCACAAUAUAAAAAAUGACAUGUAACAGUGUUUAUUGGUCGCAUGUCUUUUGCAACACAAUAAUCUUCUGCAUCUGUGAGGUCUUUGUGUCUCUUUGGCUACGUUCACACUGCAGGUUAUGAUGCACAAUUCAGAUUUUUUGUUGUCACUUCACAGACGCAUUCCAUUCACAUUACAACAACGAUCAUCUAAUGUGAACAGAAUGCGUCCGUGAAGUGACCCACAUGCGCACUAAGCACAAGUUGCUUUCCGCACCUGUUUGUGUCGUCGAACAAUGGUGACGUUUGUUGCAUAUUGAUGACGUAUAGGUCGGAUGAACGCGACCUGAGCGUCCACACUGCAGUCACAUCAGAUACAUAUCCGAUUUAUAUCCACAUACAAAAGAGGUCCCCGACUUUGUGAGAACAUGUACUCAUGCCGACUAUCGAAAAGUAUAUUGACUAUGUUUUAUAUUGAUACUGAGGGAAAUUAAUUUUCGAUAUACAUCGUAAUUGUUUUAUCACCCAGCCCUACUUACCUGUCUUAAACAAAAUCAAUCCAGCAACCCUGUGAGCAUGUUUGUUGUUAGUUUGUUGUUGUUGUACUGGUUUAUCUGACCUACAUGUACAAAUGGACUUAUUCUUUAUUACGUAACAGCUCAUAAGUUUAGGAACCCACUGAGCAAUAGACAGCUAUUAGACGUCUAGUUUGUUUUUAGACCUAAUUUCAACCGUCUAGACCAGGGGUGGGCAAUCAUGUGCCAUGGAGGGCCGAGAGGCUGCAGGUUUUCUUUCCAACCCAAAACUACACCAGGUGAUUUCACUGAUUACCUCCAAGCUGAGAGCAGGGACUAAUCAGUGAAAUCACCUGGUGUAGUUUUGGGUUGGAAAGAAAACCUGCAGCCUCUCGGCCCUCCAUGGCACAUGAUUGCCCACCCCUGGCCUAGAUUCUGUAUAUUUUCAGAUGGAAUUUAGACGUUGCACUUUGACCCAUUAUUCAAUAACUAUUUAUUUCAAAAAGCAUAGAGUUGCAUGACUGAUCUCCAAGUACUUAACCAAAAAUAAUUAUGAUAGCCAUUGAGCAAUAAACAGUGUAGUAUAGAUAUAGUCCAGAUGUAGACUUGGCCUAAACUUGGUCUAAAUCUAGACAUGUAAAAAAACUUUCAUUUUAAGACCUGUGGUAGCCUGAUUUUAGAACAGUCAUCUAGGCUACAUUUAAAACAGAAAUUAUGAAGUUAUUUAUUGGUUAAGAAGAGAGAAGCUCUAACUUUGUUUUUGAUUCAUAAUAAAUCUUUGAAUAUCAUUUUUUAUAAAGUGCUGAGUCAUCUCUCAGAGGGAUGCUAAAGCUAGCUCGCCAUGUGUUUCAAAUAAAGGACCACUGCUAUAAACUCAGGAUCACUGUACGCCAUACUCAUGUUUCAUUUAUUGUUAAAAAGAUUAUUAAAGUGAUAAACAUCUUAACCUUUUUUUUACAGGGCAUGAUAAAUUAAAACACCAUCCUCUGUGUUUCUGUAUAUGUGACUCAAUGUUCUGCUGCUCUUUGUAAAGGAACGGGUUAUUGACUCUGAGCCUGAAAUCAAUAAAGAAGAGAAAGGAGUCAAAUUAACGUUAGGCAUUUAUAAUUCAGGUUACUGAGUAUUCUCUGUGGACAUGGAGACCGUUUCCUCAAAGCCUGAAAACAGUCAUGUGACCUUAUUAGUUUUGUAUUGAUCGGUUAACGGACACAGUUAUUGUCUUAGGGGUAAAAACUAAGACUGGGAGGAUAUGCUUUUCUCCUGAUUCGAUUUAAAUUGCAAUUCUACGAUAUUGUCGAUUUUCUUGAUCUUUAGUUUGCAUUUUUAACACCAAUGAAACAGUUGAAUGAUUAUGAUUGUCUACUGACGAUUCCAGGAACUAUAUUUCCCUAAAAAUACACAUCACAUGUUAGUCAGGUUUUAGGUUUAUUCUUAAAUUUGAAAAAAAAAUCGAUCUUUGAACAUAAAAAUCAAAUAAAAAAUUGUAAAACAAAAAAUCGCAAUACUUGUGUGAAUCGAUUUUUUCUCCCACCCCGAGUAAAAACACUAAAGCUCAUCUUUGUCUUUCAGGUCAACGUUAUAGACAGCUAAUGGAUCCAGUGUGACCAUCACGACCCCAUCCUGCACGGCUGGCCUGUCAUCUUCUGAAACCAUGGCGAGCUGUCCGCGAGGCUGCACCCCAGCGGUGCGCCUUUGUCAGAAACUGAACCGUCUGAAGACGCUGGAUGAUGACAUGAUGGCCACGUCGCUGAAACGCUGCCUCUCCACCCUAGACCUGACCCUGCUGGGGGUGGGGGGCAUGGUGGGCUCAGGGCUGUACGUCCUGACAGGAACCGUGGCUAAAGACAUGGUCGGGCCCGCCAUCGUCUUAUCCUUCCUCUUUGCAGGGAUCGCCUCUCUGCUCGCAGCCUUUUGUUACGCAGAGUUCGGCGCACGCAUCCCCAAAACUGGAUCUGCCUACAUGUUUACCUACGUCUCAGUGGGGGAGGUCUGGGCCUUUCUCAUUGGGUGGAACGUGAUUCUGGAGAACAUGAUCGGUGGAGCUGCUGUGGCGCGUGCCUGGAGCGGUUACCUGGACUCCAUUUUUAACCACGCCAUCCAGAACUUCACGGAGACGCACAUAAUGCAGUGGAACGUUCCCUUCCUGGCCCACUACCCUGAUGUCCUUGCAGCAGGGAUCCUCAUAGUUGCCUCCUUCUUCAUUUCCUUUGGAGUUCAGGUGUCCUCUUACCUCAACCACAUCUUCUCCACCAUCAGCAUGGGGGUCAUUGUCUUCAUCCUCAUCUUUGGCUUCAUGCUGGCCGAGCCGGCCAACUGGAGCCAGAAGGAAGGAGGUUUUGCCCCCUACGGUCUGUCCGGGAUACUCGCAGGCUCGGCCACAUGCUUUUAUGCGUUCGUGGGUUUUGAUGUGAUCGCAUCUUCAAGUGAGGAGGCAAAGAACCCGCAGAAAGCCGUUCCCAUCGCCACAGCGAUCUCACUCGGAUUGGCAGCGGCAGCGUACAUCCUGGUCUCCACCGUGCUCACCCUGAUGGUACCCUGGCACACCCUGGACCCCAACUCAGCUCUGGCAGAUGCUUUCUUCCGCCGCGGUUACAGCUGGGCUGGGAUCGUGGUGGCCAUUGGCUCGAUCUGUGGUGAGUUCAUUUCGUUUAUUUAGAUCUCUGUUAGCUUUGGCUAAGGUCAUUGCUAUUCUUCCUGGAGUCUACAUUUACCAUUAGCUCUCCAUUGCAGUGCACAGUCACUAAAAACAUCACGCCACAAACACAAAGACAUUCAGAUAACUCACAAGAGCCUACAAGACAAAUCUCUCUAGGUCGUCCUCAGACGAGCCUUCCAUCGUCGCUUCCAGUCAUCCCGAUUCUCCAUACAUCUCGCCAGUUCGUUGGUACUCUGAGCUCCUGCGUCCUUCUUGAGUAUGUCCACAUAUGUUAGUGUAGGACGUCCUCUUGACCGAUGCCCAUGUGUUGGUUCCCACAGCACCAGUUUGCUGGCCGGCAGUUCCUGAUGCCUUUGGCAGUGUCCUGCUAGUCUCACUCUCCUUACAGCAAUCUUCUCGCUCAGUGGGGUUAGGUUAAUUGGCCACUUUCAAAUGGUGUGAAUGUGAGCGCGGAUGGUCGUUCGUCUCUGUAUGUCAGCCCUGCGAUAAACUGGCGACUUGUCCAGGGUGUCCCCUGCCUUCGCCGAAGACGCUGGGAUAGGCUCCAGCCCCCCACGACCCCGGGAACGGGAAUAAGCGAUAGAAAAUGGAUGGAAUUUACCCUCUGUAGCAUGUCUUGUUCUGUAACAGUGUUCAUCCGAACUGGAAGACAAAUGUUUGUGAAGAACCCUCGGGAAUUUCGUCACAGAUAGUCUUCUAAUGAAAGCUGCUAAUGAGGCAGUAAAUCUGUUCUUAACGUUCAACAAGGCAAGACAGUUGUGCGUUUUACUAACAUUGGUUCUGUAUGGACAGCAAAGUAAAUAUCGUGCUGCCUUGUUUUGAGCUAUUUGCAGUUUCUUUAUCAGUUAUGAAGCAGCGCACGACCAACCAAACCUCUGAACAAUAAUCAAAAUGUGAUAACAUAAUCACACUUCCCCUUACAUUUACAGGUAAUAAAUCACAUCUCCUUUCGCCCAUGUUAAUUUACUAUCAAACAUUAUUCCUAGAAGUUUGGUUUUAAAUGCACUUGUUCUACCAUCACAUCGUUCACAUACAGCCUCAGUUUUGGAUCAUUUCUUAACAUGUUUUAACCCGAUCAGUAAAUGUCUGUCUACAAGUCUGCCAGUGAGUCUGGUUCGGAUUAAGAUUUGGACCUGUUGAAGUGAAGUUUUCCUUUUUGGCAGAAGUAAAAGUCAUCAGAGUAGUGGUCAAUCAUCAUCAGUUAUCGGCCAAUACCGAUAAUGAUAAUGAGAGAGCAGGUCUGCUAGUGGCCAAUUUAUGAUGCCGAUACCUAACCCUAACCCUUAUGAUAAAACUACUAAAUGUUGUUGUCAGCCUCAGGAAAGCCAAUGAUUUUGUGGAAAUGCCAUAAAGUCACCUGAUUACUUAGUUGACUGAAUUCUCAGUCUUUAACUGCUGUUAUAAUUUGGCACAUAUCAUUGACCCCUGAGUGUUUUGGUUGUAGUUUCUGUCACUUUCCUCUGAUUAUGAAUCUCUGCUCCUGUUUCCAGCCAUGAACACGGUGCUCCUCUGUAACCUCUUCUCCCUCCCUCGGAUCGUUUACGCCAUGGCUGAAGACGGACUGUUCUUCACCAUUUUCUCUCGAGUCAACCCCGUCACUAAAGUCCCGGUCAUUGCUAUCUUGGUGUUUGGGUUCCUCAUGGCCACCAUGGCUCUCAUCUUUGACCUGGAGGCUUUGGUCCAGUUCUUGUCCAUCGGCACCCUCCUGGCGUAUACCUUUGUGGCGGCGAGCGUCAUCGUGCUGCGCUUCCAGCCUGAGAAACCCAGCAACAAGGGGACAGCUUCGACAUCUCCCAACCCCAACGCCGGGCCGUCCCCUGUGCCGUCAGAGUCCCAGACCAUAGCUGAGGACAGCGGGGAGCUGAAGCAGUACGAGUCCUUCUCUGACAAGCUGCAGCUGGUGGAGAGGCAGACAACCGGAGAGAAGCGAGGGGCGGGGCAGCUGAAGGCGUACUGGGAGCCGUACCUGGGCAGGCUGCUGGGGGACUGCGAGCCGGGCGAGGUCGUGGCCUUUUGCGUGAUGAUGCUGAUCGUCAGCGCCGUGUCCUUCUGUGCCGUGCUGGAAUUUGGAACCAAACAGCUGCAGCUGCCGGUCUGGAGCUUCGCCAUGCUGCUGGCGAUCUUUAGUUUAGCGUUUCUUACCAGUCUGGCUCUCAUCUGGAUCCACGAGCCGCAAACCAACAACAAAACAUUCCAGGUGAGCACCAGGUGUGACGGCUGAACGUGUUUGAUGAUUGAAUAAAGCGCAUGAUUGUUUAAAGAUAAAUAUUAUCAUAAUUAAAAUGACAUUGAGGACGGUUGGUGGUUUGUCGUUUAGGUUCCUCUGGUUCCGUUGACUCCAGGCGUCAGUAUCGUGUUUAAUGUUUUCCUGAUGAUGAAGCUCAGCCCUCUGACCUGGGUUCGGUUCACCGUCUGGAUCGCUAUCGGUAAGAAUCAGAGUUCAGAGGAAUUCUGUGACCUGACCUCAUAUUUACCUCCCUGCUGCACAAACACUGUCUCGCAUGUUUGGUCUCAAUUAUCUUUAUCAGAGGCAGACGACACCACAUAUGCACACAUGUUUUAAUGAGUUUAAUCUCAGGGAGUCGUCUUAAAACACAGACAUGAAACAUCUGACCUCUGUUACCCGAGAACUUCAUGUACCAAAGUGUUGGAGGUUGGAGUUAAAGCUCAGUCAGUAAAAGGAUCAGUGGACUAACAUGAUUAGCUUCAUUAACCCGAGGCGUCUCUGGAUCAGUUAAACCGUUUAAACACGACUGUCAGACCGCGACAAGAUAAUAAGAUGCACACACAGACUAUUACACACGACAGGGCUCCACAGAAAACCUUCUCCAGAGAAAAACUGAUUUUAUUUUACCCUUAAACAAAGGUGGUUUAUGAAAUUAAAGGUGGGGUAGUCAAGAUCUGAGUUAGUUCCAGUUUUUAGGAGAAAUCUUGAAUGUAAACUCUACCCCUCCCAACCAGUUUCCCCCUCAGCUCCUCCUCUCCUCUUAAGCCCCGCCCACAAACAGACGCUCCUGCUCGCUCGUAUCGUUCCAAUUAAAUUCAGAUAUAAUGCAGAUAAAUACUUCAGAUCAUUACAAAUGGGGCCCAGUCAAGGUGAAAGUCAAAAGCAUUGGUGCUACUGUAGAUGCCAACAGACUACCAGCAAACACAAUGUUUGCAGGACUUCUACAACGAGGAUAAAGUGACAUAGUCCAGGACCCGAGGGAGGACAGUUUAGCGAUGGCGCUACAACACGCUACAGCAGGUCCGUUUGACAAGAAACACUUCUGUUACAGACACUUGUCUUACUUUGUUAAAGCGGUUUACCUGUCCAGCAGAAAGGUUACAGGGUCACCAAGAUCCCCAAGCGUCCCCCAUCGUUUAUGUUGACCCGGCUUUUUAGCUCUUGUCCGGUCUACCUCCGUUUUAAGCGCCCGUUAUUCCUCCAGAGUCUCCGGUAUUUACUUUGUUUUCUUGCUUGUGUCGGCAGUCGUGGCCAAAGGAGGAUUCAGACAAUUUUCCGAACUUUCUGGUUGGUUUCUACUGUCCGAUAUUGUAGCACGCUAACUUUGUUUGGGCUCCUGAACGACACGGGGGAGCAGCGUCUGCCUCACAACCAAUCAGGUUAGAGGAGGUGGAGAACAGCUUUGUUUACAGUCAGAAAGAGCGGACCGCUCAAAAAUGUUCAAAUGUUGACGACACAGACAUAAGAGAACACAGAGAUAUCGAUAUAUUACCAAAUGUCAUCAAUAACUAAUAACUAUUGACUGAUAUUCAAAGAUUUUUUGUAAAUACACCACAAAAAAAGAUGCUUCUCUAACGGAUUCCUGCUCCUACGCCACCUUUAAGUUAUUCAGCCUCACUUUAAUAAACAACCAGACCGAUUCCUUUAACACAAAAGGACCCUUAAAGUUCAUUCAAAGACUGUUUUCACUCAAAACGGCUCCAGGUGAACUUCACGGGUCUCUCUGUCGCCCCCUCAGGUCUCUUGGUGUAUUUCGGUUACGGGAUCUGGCACAGUAAGGAGGGCAUGCGGGAGCUGCAGCCCAAAGACAUGGCUGCUCGAUACGUGGUGCUACCGAGCGGCAGCCUGGUAGAGACUGUGCAGUCCGUCCAACCUGAGGGACAGGUGGACCCCUCAGCCCUCCCCAGCAGCUCUCCCACUGCCCCCCCAGCUGAGGACUUCACAGGGAAGAGAUGAUAUGUGACCAAAACCAAGUCUUGACUACUGCCUGGUAUCAUCUCACUCUCUCGUAUUCCUGCUGUCCUCUCUGUAUCUCACUCCCUUUAGCCUGUGAGCGGCCUGCUCAGCCUGCACUCAUGUCUCUGCAGAUCUUAGCACACCACAGGAUGGGAUGCACGCUCUCUGUCUCGUUGUGAAGCAUAUUUGUAUAUCUUGUAAUACUCGAAUGUACAGUAGAGAGCUUUAUUUCUGUCCUGUGAACUCCGAGCAUCAAAGUUGACCAGCUCUUUUCUCUCCAACUCUGCAAGUUUCUCCAGAAACUCUCUGGUUUUUAUUUAUGAUGAAUAACUCUUAUUUUAAGUGACGAAGACUCAGCGGAAGUUUUUUAAAGGUUACACUCAGAUCUAAAGCUGCAGAAUCAACAUCCGUCUAUCUUGUUGUUCAGAAAACCCGCUGCAUUAGUUUGAACACAGUCAGCAUGUUUAAGUUGCGCAGAGGCAUGAGCGUUUACGUUUCAGAUUAGUAGAUUUUCACCUUUCUUUAACAGUGACAUGCAGCUGAUUUAAUCCCAUAUUCUGCGUAUUUAUUUCUCCAUCUGUACUCUUCCCUCCCUCAUGUUUUGCAGUUGUUCCUGUGUUAUAUUUAUCAGACCCUGACCUCUGUUCGUCCUCAUCUGUGAUUCAUGCUCACUUUUUUAAGUGGCUGGACAUCACUGCAGCGCUUCACCUAAUCUCCUUAAUCUCAUCCCAUGACCCCUUUCUUUUGUGUCACUGACUUCGCGGCGUUUUCUCACGCUCAUUCAGACGCCAGCACUUUCUCCAUGUUGGAAUGAGAUUGGAAAUUAAAGCACAUACAUUAUUUAACGGUCGGAUGACUAGAGAUUAUUAGAUCUAUGAGGCAAGCACAAACCUGUUUAACUGGAAUCUUCACACACAGGGUAAAUAAUAUUGGCAGGCUUGCAGACAUUUGUUGUCAUGAUAAAGGAGGGAUGUGCUUCAUCGCUGUAAUCCCUGUCGCCGGUCUGCAGCCUGACCUAGAUUAGAGAUCAGCACAUGUGAGAGAAACAGAAAACAUUCCUGCAGUCGACGAAACAACAACAACAGCGGAGUGCAAAUGACGGUUUAUUUUAAUAAAUGCACCAAAAAAACGAGCCUAAUGAAGUUGAUCUUUUGAGUUAGUGUUUGCAUGUCUCAUGAAAAACCAAUGGCCUUAAGUGUGUUGUGAUAGAAACAGACUGAAUCCCAAAAACAAUCCUCAUCAUUGAGCUCUUUAGUUUCCUCCUCUGUCAGCUGAUCACUCUUACACGGGACGUCAAACCAAAACACCGACAGCACAGCGACAGAGGAGUCAGCUCGAAGACUUUGUACGACUUUGCACACUGAAAACUCUCGUCCCGUCGAUUCUUCGUGUCACUGUUAAGCUUUUGAUGUCAGGAUGCAGAUCUUCACACUGCGGUGCUUUUUUUAACGCUCAACGUUCGCACACCUCUUUCUCUCGUCUCUUUUUGUGCCAGGUAGCACAGGUAUACAAGAAAUCUUUUCUUACUUCUGAAUAUUACUGGACUCUGUACUUGCACAUUAAGUUAUCAAAUCUUUCUGUUAUGUUGUAUGUCUGUAUAAAAAGAAAAAGAUGUGUUACAUAUAAAAUAAAUGUUUUGAAGCAGCAUUUACAAAAAU